UUAUAUAAUUUGCAUUUCUCCUAGUUUUCAUGAUAUCCCGUUUUAUCAUCGAGAGGAUAACACGUAUUAUUUAUAUUGUGUCCGGCAAUUAACGAGGAGACACCAUGAAAAAAAGUCAAGUAUGGGAGGUUGACCACACACUGGAUGACCACAAAACGUCUGCUUCAGAUGGCGGACCCAAGAGUGAUGUUGACAAAGCGGCGGUGGCCGACGUGUCAGACCUUCUUGAAACGCCAGAGGAAAAGAAGGCCAGGAAGCGAUCGCACUGGGUCGCCUACAUCACCAUGUUCGUCAUGAGCAUCGGCUACUCUAUUGUGCUCACUGGCGUGUGGCCCUACCUUAAAAUUAUCAACGGGUCGCUGGACAAGGAGGCUCUAGGUUGGGUGGUCGCAGCAAAUCCUUUCGGGCAGAUGAUCGCUUCCCCGCUGCUGGGCUGGUGGGGCAACAAGGCUGGGUCCAUCAGAGGAGCUUGUAUAACUACGAUCAUUUGCUUCAUUUUUGGUAACGCCUUAUACUCGUGCCUGUACGGCAUCAAGAAUCCUGAAACUGCCUACUACGUCAUGAUCUUCGCCAGGUUCGUCGUCGGCGUUAGCUCAGGGAACGUGACGUUGUGUAGGUCGUACCUCGCGGCCUCCACAACGCAGAAGGAGCGCACCGCGGGCAUCUCCAUAGUCGCCGCGGCCCAGGCCUUGGGCUUCGUCGUUGGGCCAGUGAUCCAGGCGGUGCUGACUGUGACGGUGACGGAAACCUCAGGUAAUGGGGCCUUCACUUGGGACAAGUACACAUCCGCAGGCUGGGUCGCCGCCAUCCUCGGCCUCAUCAACGUCGUCAUCAUGCUGCCCUGCGUCUUCCAGGAAUAUCCCAUCGCUGUGAAAGAGCAAGCUCUCGUAAAUAAGAACGAUGGUAAUGAAAAACCGCUGAAGCUGCCAAAACCAGAUUAUCUUGGUAUUGGAGGCAUUCUUUUUGCCUUUUUCUUCGUGUUGUUCAUCUACGUUCUCCUCGAAGCGCUGGCCGAGCCUUUCGUCACUGACAUGUACGCAGUGACUGAUGAUUACGCCAUGGUAGCUGUGGGCAUCGCCCUCGCCGGAGCUGGUCUCGUCUGCGUCGGAGGAUUCAUUGGAACGACGAGGCUUGCUAAGAUCUAUGAUGAACGCAAACUUCUUAUAUUUCUUGGACUUAUCCCUGAAGUUAUUGGAACUUGUCUAUACAUACCCAUGGGAAACACACCAAUUCAAAUGUCCAACUGCUCUGACACUGGCCCCCCUGAAAUUUUUUCUAAUACCUCACUCAUGAUGGCCGAUUUCACUUUACCCACAUUCCCCCCGUAUGGGAGUUUCUAUUCCAGUUUGCUACGCGAGGAUUCAGUUGAUUCCGAAGGAUGUACUCUCGGAUGCCCGACCAAUCAAGAAUGGUGUCUUACUGUCCCUCAAUCUUCACUUGCGCAAGUCCUCGUAGCCUUCAUAAUCACCAUGUCAGCUUACCCGGUUGUUAACGGCCUCACGCAAGCCAUCUUCUCGAAAAUGCUGGGGCCGCGGCCACAAGGUCUCUGGAUGGGCGUCUUAACAGGAGUUGGAUCUUUCGCCCGAGUCACUGGACCAAUUUUCGUGUCUUACGUUUACUCUAGGUUGGGCACUUAUUACUGUUUUGGUAUUCUCUCAGUUGGAAUGGUUCUGUCUCUCAUAGAAAUUUGUCUACUUUAUAAACGAAUUGUUCCUAUGAAAAUACCGCGGUAUAAUGAAGGUAUAGACAACAAAAUCGCAGAAGAUGAGGUAUAAGAGCAGAUAAGCUGUUGGAGUGCAUUUAUUGAACUUGUGUAUAUGUGGUGGCUCAAAAUGUUAAUAUUGCACAAAAAUAUUGUUUAUUAAAGGUAGAGAGUAAAAUUGAAAAUCAGAUUGUUCAUUGUAACCUUGUUCAUACAAUAGCUGCUUGCAGAAUAUAUAUCUGUUCCCUGGAAAUUAUUCAAGCCGCCGCGGUCAAAAAUUUUGCUUCAUAAAAACAACGAUCUUAAUUGCAAUUUAAAUCACAA